AUGGUGUUUGGCUCUCACGCCCCCGUUCCUCACGUGAUGACGUUGAGCAACCAGCAUCCGUCGGAAUCGAUGUUGUGUGUGGUAUUCCCACCUCUUCCGAAAGAGAGCUAUGAAAAACCGUUUGCUGGAGCAAUCUGGCGAACGGUUUUGAAUAGAUGGAAAUUGCAUGACAAUAAUGGUUGGGUAUUCAAGACCACGAUCGAGACAUUCGCUAAGGAGGAGUUUAAAACGAUGGUACUCAAACCGGGCGAAACGAGACGCACCAAUGUCUGGGCUAACAAUCAAGGUAAGGAUUUGAAUCUA